AUGCCGCCCUUAAGCUCAGGGAAGCGGGUUCCCGUUCCCGAGCGAGGACGGGGCUGCUUGUGCGCCCUUUCCGUGUCUUGGCUUUUUAAUCCAACAAGAAGUGAAAUAACCAGUCUAGAUAGUGGAAAUAUAGAUGACAUUUUAAACAAUGCAGAUGUUGCUUUAGUUAAUUUUUAUGCUGAUUGGUGCCGCUUCAGCCAAAUGCUGCAUCCUAUUUUUGAGGAAGCUUCUAAUGUAAUUAAGGAAGAAUACCCAGAUAAGAAUCAAGUGGUGUUUGCUAGAGUAGACUGUGAUCAGCAUUCGGAUAUAGCUCAGAGAUACAGGAUAAGCAAAUAUCCAACCCUGAAACUCUUCCGGAAUGGAAUGAUGAUGAAGAGAGAAUACAGAGGCCAGAGAUCUGUGACAGCAAUAGCAGAUUAUAUCAGACAGCAGAAGAGUAACCCUAUACGGGAGGUCCAGGAUUUGGAAGAAAUUAGUUCUCUUGAUCGCAGCAGAAGAAGUAUUGUUGGAUACUUCGAGCAAAAGGACUCUGACAAUUACAGAACGUUUGAAAGAGUAGCAAAUAUUUUGCAUGAUGAUUGUGUGUUCCUGUCUGCCUUUGG